CACAUUUUCUCCCAAUCCCCUUCUUCCCCAACAAUCCAGGGAAAAAAAAAUAAAUAUCAACCAAUCAUGGAAACUCACAGCUUCAGUACUCUCACCAUAUCCCUACUUCUUAUGCUCCUCUUCUCCAUCUUAUCCUCCGCCUCCUCCGACAUGUCGAUCAUAACUUACGACGAAAGUCAUAUUCACAGUCGAACCGACGGUGAAGUUGCGGCGUUGUACGAGUCGUGGUUAAUCGAACACGGAAAAUCGUACAACGCCUUAGGUGAAAAGGAUAAGAGAUUCCAGAUCUUCAAGGAUAACUUGAAAUAUAUAGACGAACAGAACUCUGUUCCGAAUAAGAGUCAUAAGCUCGGAUUGACGAAAUUCGCCGAUCUGACUAAUGAGGAGUAUAGAUCGAUUUAUUUGGGUACGAAGAGUUCAGGUGACAGGAGGAGGUUGUUGAAGAACAAAAGCGAUCGGUAUCUUCCUAAAGUAGGGGAUAGCUUGCCGGAAUCAGUUGACUGGAGAGAUAAAGGUGUGCUUGUUGGUGUAAAGGAUCAAGGAAGCUGUGGGAGUUGUUGGGCAUUCUCCGCCGUUGCUUCCAUUGAAGCAAUAAGCGCUAUAGUAACCGGGGAUUUGAUAUCACUAUCAGAGCAAGAGCUGGUGGAUUGUGAUAAGUCCUACAAUGAUGGUUGCGAUGGCGGUCUUAUGGACUACGCCUUUGAAUUCGUCAUCAACAAUGGAGGAAUUGACACUGAAGAAGACUAUCCUUACGAAGAACGUAAUGGCGUAUGUGACCAAUAUAGGAAAAAUGCCAAGGCUGUUAGCAUAGAUAGUUAUGAAGAUGUUCCUGUUUAUAACGAAAAGGCGCUGCAAAAGGCUGUUGCAAAUCAACCUGUGAGCAUUGCCAUUGAAGGUGGUGGCAGAGACUUCCAGCACUACAAAUCAGGUAUCUUUACUGGAAAAUGUGGUACUGCAGUGGAUCAUGGUGUAGUUGUUGUUGGAUAUGGUACUGAGAAAGGCAUGGAUUAUUGGAUCAUUAGGAACUCGUGGGGAGCUAAAUGGGGAGAGAAGGGCUACCUCAGAGUCCAACGUAAUGUUGCCAGCUCUAGUGGCUUGUGUGGUUUAGCCAUAGAGCCUUCAUAUCCAGUAAAGACAGGCCAAAAUCCUCCUAAGCCUGCUCCAUCUCCUCCAUCUCCAGUCAAGCCACCUACAGAAUGUGAUGAUUAUACUCAAUGCCCUGUGGGCGACACUUGCUGCUGUGUCCUUCAGUUCCGUAACUCUUGCUUAUCUUGGGGAUGUUGCCCACUUGAAGGAGCCACUUGCUGUGAAGACCACUACAGUUGCUGCCCACACGACUAUCCUGUCUGCAACGUUCGUGCAGGCACAUGCUCAAUUAGCAAGGGCAAUCCACUGGGAGUGAAGGCCAUGAAGCACAUUCUUGCAGAACCAAUCAGGGCCUUCAGAAAUGGAGGAAAGAAGAGCAGUUCUUGAAAUUCUACAAGCACCAUCACUGUGGAGUGAGGUGAAAGCAGGGCCAACAGAGGAUGUAUAAAUUAUGCUGAUGCUUCACUUGACGACCUCAAUUGGUACAUUGAUUAACAGACCUCAUUUUCCAGCAGAAAGGUGUAGAAACAGAUAAAUGCAUUAUCAAGAUUAAAAGAUGAUGAUUAAUGAUAUGUAUAUAUUGCUUCUUUAUUGAAGGAUUAUUGUUCUACUUUGUCUAAUUAUCAAGUAAAUGGUCCUUGUAUCUUAUUAUGAUGACUUCAAGUAAUGCCUCCUUUCAUCAGGCUGUUUUAUUCUUCCAUUUGUACUUGGUUUCAACAAUAAUAACAAAAAGACCAUCUCUUGUACCUUUAA